AUGCCUAAAAAUAAGGGCAAGGGAGGCAAAAAUCGCCGAAGAGGAAAGAAUGAAAAUGAGGGGCAAAAACGCGAUUUGAUUUAUCGUGAUGAAGGUCAACAGUAUGCCAAGGUUGAACGUCUUCUUGGCAACGGCCGUCUAGAAGCAUACUGUUUCGAUGGCGUCAAAAGGCUGUGUCACAUUCGUGGUAAAAUGCGCAAGAAGGUUUGGAUUAAUAGCGGUGAUAUUAUCCUUGUCAGCCUUCGUGAUUAUCAAGAUCAGAAGGCUGAUGUUAUUUUGAAAUACCUUAAUGAUGAAGCUAGGCAGCUUAAAGCAUGCGGUGAGAUACCAGACACAGUUCACUUGGAUGAAAAUAAUGACAUUGAAUUUGACGCCAAUGUGCAAAUGCCAGACGACAAUGACUAUGCCAGUGAUUCUGAUCCUGAUAUGCCACCGCGAUCUGACGAGGAAGAUGAUUCGGAUGAGGAAUCUUCUGAAGAGGAAGACAAGGAAGAAGGCAAUGAAGGAGCGCCUUUCGGUCUUCAACCUCACUAUAAAGGGGAAUUUUCAGGAAACACCAACCGAUGGAGCGCUAAAAAAGCUUACAAGAAGAGGCGCUAA